GUUUCAGAACGCUCUCGCUUUAAAUGCGUCUCUUCCUGCCUCACUCAGUGCCAAACAGCUCCAGUAGAGAGGCUGCGUGAUUCUCCUUUAUUUUGUUUAGUACAUUUUUUGAGGAUGGAACAAGGAUACCCACCACAGCAACAAACUCCACCCUACCCUGGGCCGCCGAUGCACUAUGGCGGUGCAAUGCCACAUCCAGGGCAGUACGCUCAGCCGGGCUACUACCCCGUAGCGCCCCCACCCAUGCAGGGAGUGACUCACGUGAUAAUAGGAAAUACACAUCUACGUGACGUCCCAGGACAAACUGUCUGUCCCCACUGCCAGCAGUCAGUGAUCACCAUGAUAGAGCGCACAGCAGGCAUGAGGGCCUGGGCUACCUGUUUUCUCUUCUCCUUCAUUGGGUGUAUUCCUUGCGGUUUUAUACCAUUCUGCAUUGAUUCCUGCAAAGAUGUGGAGCACCGUUGUCCUUCCUGCCAAAGAGUCAUCUACGUAUACAAGCUAUCGGAAAACUAACUGUGAUUAAGGAAGACGAAAAAGAAGACCUCACUUCUUAUCUGCAGCUUUACUUGCUCUUUGAUAAUUUUUAAACUGAUCAAAAUGAUACCUUAAAAUACAUUUAUCCUAUGCUGACAUUGUCCUAGUCAUUUUGCUGCUUUUUCACAUUUCAAUGCUAAUGACAUAAGCCUCACACUGCAGGGAGUCAUAUUAAGCAGUGAGUGGUGAACUUGUAAUUCAAUAAAAAACUGUUGCAUGAUG